AAGAGCAUCCGCAAAGGGGGAUAUUAGACAGUCCUUAGCUCUAAUUCUUAGGCAAAGUGAUUAAAAAUAUAUAUAAUAUUUGGUGUAACUUAAGGAUCAAUCCUUAAUUAAGGAUAUUAAGGAUUAAGUCCUUAGUGUGUUGGCAGUGUCUGAUUGGUGAGGAGAGGGUUGUGUUAAAAAAAAAUCAUUUAGACUGGAGAUGAAAAAAAAACCUGUGUGGCGAAACGAAGGCGACUCUUCUCCCGACUCCUCCGGCCUCUGCUUCCUCAACUCCCCAAAGCCCCAAAUCGGAAUCCGCCACUCUUCUCCCGACUCCUCCCUCUCUUUCAAGAGAUUAAUUCCCAUCGCCGCCCUCUCCACCUCUUCUCCCACCCUCGGUCUCGCCGAUACGUUACACGGCAAAGUUUUGAGGAUACAGCAGGCCUUCCCUUUGCAUCCGUUGAAGCCAAGUCGAGUGAUGGUGGCGGUGAACGAGUCGAUGAUCAAAGGCUACACGCACGCGUCGAUAAGCAGCAAAAAGGCGUUCGAGUGGACACUGAGGAAGAUCGUUAGGGACAAUACCUCUGGCUUCAAGCUUCUAUUGCUUCACGCUCAAGUCCAGGACGAAGACGGUUAUCAUCCUCUCUCUUUUUUUAUACUAUUCCUCAAACUUUUAUUCUUGCUGACUUUUGUUACUACUCUGUUAGUGUUUAAAGUUUAUGUGAUUUUGAAGUUUUGGUUUGGUGUUUGUUUGAUUGUUUCAUAUUGCUAAGGAUUCAAAUAUAAAAAACACCAUUGGACAUUCUUUUUGGAUUAGAAUCCUUAACUA